AUGCUCUCACGUGUUGCUGCAGUGAAGGCACCCCGCACACACAACCGUCGCCGCGUGACCGGAUCCAGCGGCAGGAGGAGGGAAGGAGGAGAGAGUGGGCCGCAGAGGCCCAACAUGUCCCGGCAUCUCUUCUACUCCGCGGUGCUGCUCCUCUUCCUCGUGAUGAUGUGCUGCGGCACAGGGAGUGCAUCCAGUAAGGAGAAGUCGCCAGUACAGAUACCUCCACCAAAGACAUAUUUUAAUUGGAGAGGUAAGAAUGAAGAAGAAAAGGUGAGUUUGCUCCGUGUUCCGAGUCUUGUUGAAAUGAAUGGUGAUGUGUUUGCCGUUGCCGAGGCGCAUUGCACGGGAAAAAAAGAUACUGGUGAAGGCAGCUUUACUGGGAUUGCCUCGGAGGUUUUGGAGUUGACUGGCCAAAACCGAAAAGAGGAGUUGGGUAAAAAUAAACUGAAGACAGAAGUACUGGAGGAAUGCACUUUUGAGGGUGGCAAUUGCCCCUCCCAAAACGCUGCUAAGGAAGGUGGUUCCCGAAGCCAGACAACAGUACAUGUGAGCCGGCCAACAACAGUUGUGAAGGGAAGUGAUAUUUACAUGCUUGCUGGAAGUUACAGCUGGACACUUACCGCCGAUGAUCAGGCAGGUGGCUGGGGACUCAUGCUGGUGAAAGGGAACGUCAGUACUGUUGACAGUAAAAAAAGAAUUUAUUGGAGUGACACUUACGGUCUCCCGUGGAGUUAUAAAGUCAAACAAAAUGAACCUUUGAUGCGGCUGGUUGGCAGCGGAGGAUCGGGUGUUCAGAUGGAGGACGGUACGCUUGUGUUCCCGCUGGAAGGAACAAAGAAGUUGAAUGGCGCUGCAGAGGAUGGAAAGACAACGACUGUUUCGCUAAUCAUUCACUCCGUGAAGGAUAUUGCGAGUUGGAAGCUGUCGAAGGGGAUGUCUGCCGAUGGCUGCGGUGUUCCCUCCGUCGUGGAGUGGGAGAAGGACAAACUCAUGAUGAUGACUGCGUGUGAUGAUGGCCGCCGCAGGGUGUACGAGUCCGGUGACAAGGGGGAUUCGUGGACGGAGGCACUCGGGACACUCUCGCGCGUGUGGGGCAACAAAAAGGGUGUAAAGGUUGAACUCGUUGGGAGCGGGUUCACCACAGCGACGAUUGAUAAGAAAAAAGUGAUGCUCGUCAUUCUGCCGGUGUAUUCCAAGGGAGAAAAAGAAGAAAAGGGUGAACUCCAUCUUUGGCUGACGGACAACACGCACAUUGUUGAUAUUGGGCCGGUAUCCGGGAAGGAUGAUGACGAAGUUACCGCCAGCUCCCUGUUGUACAAAAGUGGUGGAAAUGGAGGUAAGAAGGAUGAGCUGAUUGCACUGUACGAGAAGAAGAAGGGCGUUGAGGAAACAUCAUCCGGUAUGGCCUCUGUGCUUCUGACUGAGCAGCUGGAGAAGGUGAAGGAGGUGCUGGCGACGUGGAAGAAAGCGGACGAACGUGUCUCCCAGCUGUGCACCUCUGAGAGUGUUGGGAGGGAUACCUUACCUGGCACUGCCUGCAGUGCUGAUAUUAAGAUCACGGAUGGGCUGGUUGGCUUUUUGUCCGGCAACUUCUCUGAUAAGACAUGGAGGGACGAGUACCUCGGGGUGAACGCCACAUUAGAUAAUGAAGGGGUGGAGCAGGUAGAAACUGGCGUGAAGUUCAAAGGGCGUAGCGCAGGAGCGGAGUGGCCCGUUGGCAAGCAAGGGGAUAAUCAGCUGUACCACUUUGCGAACUACAACUUCACUCUUGUGGCGACGGUGUCCAUCGACGGUGAGCCGAAGGAGGGUAAUAUUCCAUUGUUGGGUGUGCGUCUGGACGGUGAAGGAGAAAAAAAACUUAUGGAGUUGUCGUACGACAGAGAAAAGAAAUGGAUAUUGCUGUGCGGUGGCGAAACCCAUAAGAAACACAGCAGCACUUGGGAUCCGGAGACAAAGAAGAAAGACCACGUGGUAAUUUUGUUAAGGAAUGGCAACCAGAGCUCCGCGUACGUUGAUGGUAAGCGUGUGGGUGAGGAUGUGCCAUGUGCACUGGGAAAUACUGAUUCGAAAGUAAUCUCGCACUUCUACAUUGGAGGGGAUGGAAAGAGUGCAGUGAGCACAGGGAACGGAGAAGACGUAUCCGUGACCGUGACGAACGUCCUGCUGUACAACCGUCCGUUGACUUCCGAAGAGAUUACUGCGCUUAACACAAACCAAUUAUCUAUUCCAAAGCUGGAGGAUCUAAAAACAGAGGCGAGGGAUGCUCCUCCACCAGCUGGAACUGAACCACAUACGCUGGGAGCCGUCUCCUCAACUAUUCAUGGCGGGCAUCAGGACACCGAAGAGAAAUUGUUGAAGAUAAGUAAUGAUGCGGGUGGUGGUGGUGCAUCCAAUUCUGCAAAGACCACCAUGACGACUCACUCAGUGGGGAGUCAAUCUGCAGAGCAGUUGGCGUCGGGAGGAUCUCACGAUGUAAAUAAAAAUGUGAAUGUCGAUUCCUCGUCUAAUGGUAACCCGGCGGUGGGGACAGUGGGUGGAGACACGAAGCAGGGAAAUGGAUCACCGCAAAUUCCUGUGGGUAUCUCCGACACAGCAGAUGCAAAUACUCCCACCACUGAGGGCGAGGGGCAAUAUGGACCCACAGUGAAUCCUGAGGCGGGCGUGAGCUCUGGUGAGAAUGGGGAGACGGUGAAAGGAACGAAUGGACAGGAGGAGGAAGAGAUCCAUCCACAGGACGGGGAAUUAAAUGCCACGGCGCUCAGCAGCAGUCUCGGAAAUGUGUCGCAGGGGAAUAACAGCGACGCUGGCACCAUGCGUGGAAGCGGACUGCUGCCAUCGCUUCUUCUGCUGGGACUGUGGGGGUUUGCGGCUCUGUGA